UUGAACAAUUAAAUAAUAUACAUGUUGAUAUUAUUUAAGUUAUAACAAUGGAAGUGAAUACAAGACCUUUGUUACAAGCAAGUGAGAGUGAUUCAGAUAUUGAAGAACGAACACCUCGUUAUGAAGUUGAACGAUCAACAACUGGACAUGAUGAUAUUAUUAACGAUUCAGUAAUUAUGUAUCGAGAUGAAACUCGAUUUAAAAAUGAACCAGCUGAUCGUUAUUAUGUUGCAUAUAUUAUAUUUUACAUACUUGGUUUAGCGACUUUAAUACCAUGGAAUUUUUUUAUUACUGCUGAUGAGUAUUGGAUGUACAAAUUCCGUGACAUACACAAUCAUACGUCUAUACAUCAAAAAACACCGCUACAAAUAAUGUUUACAUCAUACUUAAGUGUGGCUACAUCCGUACCAACGACAUUCUUUUUAAUUUUAAAUGCAGCUUUAAGUCGAAAGGUUCCUUUAGGAAUUCGUAUGAUUGGAUCGUUAUCAAUUAUGUUAAUUUUAUUUAUCGUGACAACUGUUUUUGUAAAAAUUAACACAGAUUUAUGGCAAGAGCAAUUUUUCGCAAUUACCAUGGUCGUAGUGGUGUUUUUAAGCAUUUUCAGCGCAAUAAUGUCUGGUGGCUUAUAUGGUAUUGUUGGAAAAUUUUCACCGACGUAUAUAACGGCCGUAGUAAGUGGACAAUCAUUAGGUGGAGUAUUCGCUGCCAUUGCUGAAAUAUUAUCGUUGACGUUUGGUGUAACCGCUACAUUUAGUGCAUUUGUUUAUUUUAUGAUUGCUAAUGUAACUUUAGCUUUAUCAAUUAUUGCCUACAUAAUAUUGUCGAAUUCAGUAUUUUUUAAAUAUCACACAAUUGAUAAGGCAAAAGCUUUAGCUGAGUUAGAAGCUACCACGUCAUUAACCUUCUAUGGAACAAUCUCUUAUACUGUUAUUUUAAAAAAGAUUCGUGUGUAUGCAUUCUCAAUAGUAUGGGUAUUUUUGGUAACAUUAUCAGUGUUUCCAAGUGUUACUGCGCUUAUUGAAUCAGAACAUGAAGGCAAUGGAAGUUUAUGGAAUGACGUUUAUUUUGUACCUGUUGUGACUUAUUUAGUAUUUAGUUUAGGAGAUUAUUUCGGACGAAUAAUUGCUGGUAUUUUACAAUGGCCUAAUCAAAAACAAGGAUGGAUUCUGAUUACAUUAAAUUUUAUGCGAGUUGGUUUUAUUCCAUUAUUGAUGCUGUGCAAUGCAAAUCCUAGGCAUAAUAUGCCUAUUUUGAUCUCAAAAGAUGUUUACUACAUUAUUAUUAUGGCUUGUUUUUCGCUGUCAAGUGGAUAUCUCACAAAUAUUUCUAUGAUUAAUGCUCCAAAGUCAGUUGAACCACAUGAAAAAGAAGUUGCAUCAUCCAUGAUGGCCGCUUUUCUAGGUAUUGGCUUAGCAUUUGGUUCAGCAUUAAGUUUAAUAACUGUGGAGAUGUUAUAAUGAUCUUAAAUAUUAGAUGUUAAAUAUUAAUUUAAUAGUAAAUUAG